UACACAUUCCAGAGUUCACAAUGGCUUCCGCUGUAGGUCUUCUUGCCGGUCGCCUGGCACUUGUGACAGGUGCCGGCAGUGGUAUCGGGAAAGCCGUGUGCCAGGUGUUUGCUAAAGAGGGAGCCACGGUAGCUGUCGUAGAUUUACAUGCAGACACCGCUAAUAGUACUUUGGAAACCCUGCCUAAAGGUGACCAUCAGGCCUUUGGUGCAGAUGUCUCUUGCUCAGCGUCCGUGAAUGACCUGAUUGGUCAGUUGAAAGACAAGUUUUCAGCAGUACCCACAGUGACUGUCAACUCAGCUGGAAUCACCCGGGAUAAACUCAUGCUAAAAAUGUCUGAGGAAGAUUUUGAUGAGGUCAUCAGAGUUAAUCUAAAGGGAACAUAUCUGGUGAACCAGGCAGUUGGUCGUGCCCUGGUAGAGAGUAAGGCUAAAAGUGGAUCAAUCAUCAAUAUCUCCAGUAUAAGUGGAAAGGUUGGUAAUGUGGGCCAGACAAACUAUGCAGCAUCCAAAGCAGGAGUGGUGGGACUAACAAAGACUGUUGCCAAGGAGAUGGGCAGAUUUGGUAUCCGUGUAAACGCCAUCUUACCUGGGUUUAUUGAGACGCCAAUGACUGAUAAAGUACCAGACCAUCUGAUACAGAUGACGAAGAUGUUGAUCCCUCUGUCACGGUUAGGCAAGCCUGAAGAGAUAGCCAAUGCCUGCCUGUUUUUGGCCUCUGACCACAGCAGCUAUGUUACAGGGACCACUCUGGAGGUGGCAGGUGGACUGUUUCCCUGAGGCAGCACACAACAUUAUUGAACAGACGAGAGAGGAGAAACAUACAUAGUGUGACCCCCAGACCUAGUACUGGAAUCCUAUUUAUCAUUUAAGUCGGACAAACGUAUGGACAGAAUAUAUAUGCAAUCAUGAUACAUACCUCCAGACAAUAACGACGACUGAUUUUGUUUAAUUUUGAAUUGUUAACAUUUCUGAUUGGAUCCUGUGUACGUUGACAUUUCUGAUUGGAUCCUGUGUACUGUAAUUAUGUUAUGUUUCCAAAUAUAAAACUGUUGAACGUUU